UUCCCUCUCUCCAAUUUGACCUGAUUGUUAUUUUGCUACAUGUUAGGAUGUCAUCUUCAAUAUCUUCUUCAUCCUUUGCUAAACGUGUAUUGGGUAUAUCAUUUUGUUUUUGUGAGGAGCCAGCCACACUGAGACUUUCAACUACUGCAAAGAAUCCAGGACGACCCUUCUUAGGGUGUCCAAAGUACAAUACUAAGGGAUUACCAUAUUGCAGAUUUUUCAAAUGGGCAGAUGGUAGUGAGGAGAAUGAGCUCCAACUUCGAGGAAGAACCAAUGACUUGCUAAGGAAGGACAAAGAGCUCGAUCAGAUACUCGAUGAUGUCUACAAGAGGGAGAUUGAGGUUAUGAAGAAGGAGUUGGUGCGUCGGGAACAAUAAGCUGAAAUAAGGCGUUCACGCCAACUACUUCGGUUGUAUUGGGCAUUUGCCUUUCUAGUUGCAUGUUGGUUGUUGCUUGGUAGUAUUGGAGUUUUGGUUUUGUAUUGGACUAUGUAGUUGAUAUAGUUGAUGUAUGGAUAUUGAGCAGAUUGUAAAACUGCCAGAAUGUACAGUUUGU